AUGACAUCCAUUGAGUCAAUAUCAACAACAAUCGAUAAUUUAAUACAACGAGCGAAUGAAGCGAAAGUGUGUCAAGAUCAUUUGAAAUUGAUAACCACUAGUUUAGCUCGUUUUCGCCAUGGAUUCAAUGACAUUGUUACACCAUUAGAUGAAAAUGAUUCAGAAGAAGAAUUUGCACAAAUACUAAAAGCUAUCGAUGAAGUUGUUACUAGUUGUAGUGAAAAUGAAAAUUAUCUUAAUGGAAUGACUUAUCGAGAUCUUGAAUCUGUACUGUUUCGUCUUCAACUUCGACUAGCUCAACACGAAGCUGAUCUAACAGGUGACUAUGAAACGAGAGUUCAAAUACUUAGCAACGCUUGUCAGGAACAACAAGUUCUUAUUCAAAAAUCUUUUGACGAGACGAUGAAGCAAAGAUUAGAAGCUAUUGAACAAUGUACUAAAAAAACCAUUGCAGAACAACUUCAUAACUUACGUGAAAAAUAUUCCAAAACGAUUGAAUCCUAUCUUCGCACUUGUAUUGAACUACAUAAAGUUGAAUCUCCUACUGGUCUUACGGGCGAUAUUGUUGCUAAAAUUAUUCAUAAUACCUAUCAAAUCUCUUAUAAAGAACGAAUGAUGUUAGAACAUAAAUGGCGAUCAUGUAAACUUCCUCUCACACGUACAUUCAUCCAAUUUGUAGCUGAUAAAUCUACGUCAUUCGAAAGAAAUAAAUUACGGCGAUUGCUUAUAGAAAAUGAAGCCAGUAUGUUAUCGGAUGCACAAAGUAGAACAGCAAGAUCUAAAGAAAUAUGGAAACGACUAGUAUCAACUCCCUACAUGAUGUCGUCAGUUGAAAAAGAUCACCAUUCAGAAGAAGACGAUAUCACUGGAGAAAAUAUGAUACGAUCCAAACGUUGGAUUAUUAUUUUGGGUGAUCCAAAAAGUGGUAAAACAAGUUUUGUUCGAUGGCUUGUUCAUCAUCUGGCUCAAACACUUCUUGCCAAUGAAUCAGAUUCAACUGAUUAUGGUCCUCUUCGUAUACCAAUUUUGAUUCGUAUUGCCGAAUAUGCUGAAAUUUUGAAAGUUCAACCAUCAUUGACAUUAUUUGAUUUUAUUGGAAAACAUAAAUGGAUGGGAAAAUCAAUCGUUGAUGAUUCAUCGAUCUCUUCUGAUAUUGUAUCAUGGACUCUUCAAGAUUAUAUUAAACAAGGUCAAGCUCUAAUCAUACUUGAUGGUCUUGAUGAAAUUCCUGUUUCUGUUCAACGUUCAAAAAUUAUGAAUAUUAUUGAAAACUUUGUUGAUACGUAUGUUCAGACACCCACAAAUAUUUCUGCUUUUGACAAUGUAUAUUUAAACAAGUUAUUCGAUGAUCCAUCAAGAUUAGGAGGUAAUCAAUUGAUUGUUACAAGUCGUGUAGUCAAUUAUUAUACUGCUCCAUUAAAUGGCCAAUUUGCCCAUUACACAAUUCGACCUAUGAAUAAGGAACAUAUAAAAAAUUUUGUUGAUCAUUGGUUUUUUCGUCUUCAUCAAAGUAUAAUUGAUAUGUUAAGUCUUCCAUUAGUUAAUCAAGGUGAAAAUCAUAGUGAAGCACUGAAAAAAGAAUUUGAAAAAACAGAAAAUGUUGAUCUUCUUGACAUGGCUUCGAAUUCUGGUUUACUAUCAUCUAUUUGUACUAUAUGUUUUGGUCAAUUAAAUGGUUCAUCUUUACCUACACAACGUAUUCUUCUCUAUGAAUUAAUUGUCACCUCAAUGUUAAAUUUGUGGUAUAGUAAAAGACCAACUAUUGACAUAUCCAAAGUGAUUCGAAUUCUGACUGACAUUGCUUAUUGUAUUCAUCAAAAUCCAACAUCAAAUUUGAUUGACAAUCAAAAAAUACAAGAAAUUUGUGUUCAAACGAUCCAAACUUCCAUAAAAAAAACCUUACUAACGACUGAUGAUAUUGAUGAUAUUGAAAGACAAGCAUCUGAAAUGGCACAACUUAUUCGUGACAAUAUUGGUAUUUUAGUUCCACGAGAUGAAUCAUUCUAUGGUUUUCUUCAUUUACCAUUUCAAGAAUACUUCACUUGCUUGAAACUCAUCGAGGUAGAUACGUUAAGACAAAGGAGAUUUACUAGUGAUGGAUUGGAUCAAAACAACAAAAUUCAACUUAUCACUCAAAUGUUGUGUCAUCAUAUCAAUGAUCUACAAUUUCGAGCACCAAUUGCACUUGCUUUCGGAAAAAUUAGUUCAUCUUGGUCCCAAAAUGAUUUUAAUGAUCUUUGCUACGAAUUUAUGCAAAAAUCAGACAAGCAUGAUUCUCUAUUACCACUUGGUGCUUAUAUAUUAAUUAAUUGUGUCAAUGAUUUUGUUAAUUAUCCUUCAAAUGAUAUUUUGUUCAAUGCUUUAGAUCGUUUAAUAAUUGCAGCUGGUCAACAUAAAUGGUCAAUUGUUUGUCCGUUUCUACUCGAUGAAAUUACAAAGACAUUGAAAAAAUUUCCACAUAGUAUUGUUUCACUAUGGAUUAACAAAUUACUAUCACAAUCUUCUCGACAUGAUAUUGAAACAAUAACAGCUCUUUGUCAUCUCAUCGAAGGAAAACCUCAUGAAUAUGAAAAUAUUCAUUGGUUAGAUCAAUCAUCUUGUUCAAUGCUUCAAUCUUUAUCAACGCUUGAUAAUGAAAAUAAUGGAUUUUCUAUUAAUCGACUAUUAAUUAAAAUUACAUUCUCAAAUCAUCAGUUAUUAUCAUCUAAUUCAAAUACUUUCAAAGGCUUCCUAAUCGAUAAACAUAUUGAAAUAAAUUCAAUUCCUGUGAUUCUCCUGCCAUUAAUCAUUGCUUUAUAUGGUGGCUUAACACGAACUGGUCAAACUGUUAUCUUCAAUGCUUCUUAUAUUCAUCGAGAAUCAACUUCAUUAACACCAAUAUUAAUACGUUUUCUGUCUGAAAAUGAUCGUAAUAAACAAGAUCAAAAUUUUAAAAAAUUAAGACAGGAAUGUAUAAAAUCUUUUGUGAUGCGAAUAGAAAAUCAUGAUGAAUCCUCUGAAGCAGUUGAUUUGUGUAUUGCAACUAUAUGCUUUUAUAACAUUGAGUACAUACAAGAAAAUUUGAAAAUGAUCUCCAGUUCUUUUUUACGUAUGUGUAUAAAUAGAUUAAAAUAUAUUUCAAUGAUUUUACGUCAAUUCUAUUUUACCGCUGACGACGACGAUCAAUUCAUGGAAAAUGAAGCAACAAAAUUUAUUUCGAUUUGUAUGGAAAAAUUUCAAUAUGUUGAAUCAGCAAGAAUUCAUUUUAUGGAUUUGUUAAAUUCAUUAAGAAGUAGUGUAGCUCGUUUACGAUCUUCUUCAACGUCAAUUCUUUUAGAAGGAACAUCAAAACCUUAUAGACGAAUAACAUUACGUCUACCUAAUUCUCUACGAAAAGAGAAUCCGUUUCUUAAUUGUCUCCUAACGACUGAUGUACAAUUUAAUUCUGAUCGAAAAUCUUGCUCAUUAAUUAAUCAUUUCACUAAACUUUUCUGGCCAUUAGAACACAAUGAUGACUUCGACACACAAUAUAGAAUAGCAGUUGCUUUGGAUGAAAUACCAGAAUAUUUACUCUUUCGCCAUGAUGAAGAUAUUUUAAUUCCAUUAACAUUUGUUCCUUCACAUUUACGAAAUCUUUUUGUUCGAUUAUUGAAAGAAAAUUUUAUUACGAUCAAUCCAAAAGAUUAUAUAGUCAAUAGAGAAGAACAUCUUUAUUUUAGUCACAUUUUAACUGAAUGUUUAAUAUUUUUGUCAAAUGCAUCAUGUAAGAGACUGUGUAUUCUAGCAGCUUCAAUUACUCUGUUACCUUGGCUUCGAACGUAUCAAUUAGAAAACUUUGGCAGUAGUCUAUUAUGGGCAUUAGCUUUAAAAUAUUCUGAUGUUUUGGACACUUAUGAAACAAAAAGAAAACGUUCCAUGAAUCAUGAAACUGGCCAAUAUACGGAUAUAGAUAACAAUUCUUUUCAAGGAUCUUAUCUAACAGAAGAAGAACGUAAAACAAUAAUCCAUGAUAAUAUUGAACAAGAAUAUCAAAGACUUCAACAAGCUUCAAUUGAAAAUGAUCAAAGAAAUAUAAAACUUUAUUCUGCAUCAGUCACUUUGGCACGUCUUUGUUGCUGGACUGACGAUAAAAGAAAAUUAUUUUUAUUAGAACAAAGUAUAAAUGGAGCUAUGUCAAUACAGAAUAAACUUGCACGUCUUGAUGCAUUAUGUCUGAUUGCUUUUUAUUCACAUUCCGACUAUGAUCAAAUUAAAGUAAAUAAAGAUAGAUCUCUGAAAAUGGAAAUUGAACAUCAGUUCAAUGAAAUUUAUCCAAAUUUACCUCUUCUAUUACAUACAGUUAUUUUCAUUCGAUGUUUACCUUUAAUUCAACACUCACAAACGAUUGAUAAUUGUCUUGAAAAUCUCAUUAAUAAAUUUGACGAUACCGAUCAACGAAAUCAACAAGCAGUCAUUGAAGCCUUAUUACCAUACAUACAAUUGAAUUGUGCUUUUUCAUCAAUUACGAAUCGUUCCUCAUAUAGUUUACAAGACCAAAAUAGAACAGUACAUAAUAAAUCUUCUACUUUAAAAACAUAUUUUAAUAUUAGUGUACAUGAAAAUUUAUCAUUUUCAUUAUCUAUGGCGAACUUGUAUCUUGUGGAAUUAGCUAAUGAUUUUCAUGCAAUUAUUAAAACGGAUAAUCGUCAAUUUAGUAUUGAUGAAUCAAUUGAAACAAACUUAUUUCAAUUUGAAAAUAGUAUUCUAACAGAAACACAAGCAAUAACACUAACUAAUAUUAUUUCUUUCACUUCGUUAACAAACCAAUCUGAACAGUUCAAGAAGCUCCAAAUUAUUUUAAAUAAUGCUCUUCAUCGUAUGAAUUGGAUUGAAUUAAAAGCAUGUCAUCUGUUAGAAUCUUGGUUGAAAUGGAAAGAUUCAAAUGAACUCUCUUGUUUUGCUUUUCAUGCCGCACUUCUUCUAAUUAAUUCUGAUAUAUGGUCUGUCGAAGCUACAACAAUUGUAUGUGAUCUUUUAUGCAGUAAUAAUGAUCGUUUUCGUCACAGAACUGAAAUUCUAUGCCGAUCAUCAAGUCAAGAUGAUAUUCUAACUAGUUCAAAACUGAGUAUCAACGUUAUAUUAACUUUACUUCAGAAAAGAGUUCAUUAUCAAUUAACUUCAGCAUCUGCCAAGCUUACAUUAACUCAAUUGCUUGGACAUAUAAAUCUAGAUGUUCAAUCUCAUCUCGAAACAUUACUUUGGCUAGAAAGAUACAGAAUACAUGCAUUGACAAAUAAACAGUAUUCUUACAAUAAUUUAAGAUCGUCGAAAAAUUCUUAUGUAACUGCAUUUUUUUCAACUGAUGUAGCAAUAGGUGCUUGUUCCUAUGUUAAUUCGUUUCGACUGUCUGGUGAUUUGAUAACAUAUAUGUGUGAUAUGAUUACAUCAAAUUUCGUUUCAUUCCGGGAGAUCGAUGGAGAUACAACAUCAAAUACAGUUUCAGAAAGUCAUACGCAUUUUGUUGUUUCAAUACUGCUAAGUUUACACAAAUUAUUGAAUAACACUGAAGAAACACGAGAAAUAGCAAUUACUGCUCUAAUGAACUUAUUCGACGUAUCCUACGACAAUGAAAUUCGUCAAGCAGUAGCGUGUGCUCUUGGCUAUGUAUGUAAUGAACAAACAUAUAAAAUUAUAUAUGAAAAAAUUAUAGUGGUAUUGAACAGCGUAGUUGAUGAGACUUCUACUUAUUCUACUAAUGUAUUGAAUGCACUAAUUUCAAGUUAUUCCUAUUGUGUAUCUGUAAAACAUGUCGCAUUUGACCAAGAUGAUUUGGAUUUAUUUUCCAUUUUGUUACGCCAUAACUCGAAGAAAAUUGCAGAGGCUGCUCGUACAGGAUUUGGCCGUGUUCUUCAAGAUACAUCAUUUCUACUUGGCAUGCUUAGUCAUGAUUAUACACAGUGUUAUCAUGCAUUAGUUGAAUCAACAGCAUCUUAUUAUCUUUACGAUGUUCACCAAAAUAGUGAAAAUGCUGUCGUACAGUUAAUUGAAGAACAUCCAACUCUUUUGUCAAUUUUUAUGGUCGAAUUAUACAAUCAGAUAUGCAAGUAUAGUGAUAAAAUAUCACCGGUGUUAGAUACAAAUUUUGAUUUAGCUUUUGGAUAUCCUCAAUAUGUGAAUAUCGCUAGUUUAAUUGCUGUACGUAUGCUGACAGUAUUUUGUGCUUUUAUUAAAGAUUCGCGUGAUGCAAAUAAUCUAAAACGUGCAUUAUUUUAUACGAGUAAGCAACAUAAUUUUCCACAACGUGCUGCUUGUUUAACAAUUCUAUCUGUGUUGGGAGAAUUAACAGUCGACCUAUGUGAAAUGUUCAUUGCAACUGUAUAUGAUGAUCCAAAUGUUCAAAGCAAUGGUUUUAAAUGUAUAACACGCAUUCAUACAAUUAAAGAUGAAAACGUCGUUUUAAAUCUUUUGUUAUCUUAUUUGAAAUCAGAAUCAAUGAAUGUUCGAUAUAUUACAGUUAAAAUAUUUCUUCAUCUUUUUCAAUUAUCUCUUAUUCCAUCUCAGCAAGUGCAAACUAUAUUGAAUGAUCUUAUAUUAGAUCCUAUUUCAAAUGAAGAUCUAUGGUUAAUUAAAGAGAAAGAUGGUACUUGGAUAGAAUGUGAAUAUUAUUAUGCUGGUCCAUUGAAAGAUGUUAUCUAUUCACUUCUGAUUCAACAUGUAACUGGACUUAGAAAUGACAAUGUUCGAAGGAAUGAGUUCAAUGAUAUUGAUUUAGAUUUCAUUAAAUCUGAAAAAGCAUCUCGUUUCGCUUCAUGUAUUUAUGAGAAAAAACCUGAAAGCACCACAGAAUAA